AUGUACCGUGAGCCAAAUAGUGCAUACGUGCAUCUAUCAAUUUAUCGAUAUCACUUCAAUACAUUCCUCUCUUUCUUCCUUCCUAUCUAUCUAUCUAUCUAUCUAUCUAUCUAUUUAUUUUACUCUGUUAAUAUCUCUAUGUCUGUUAAUUCUUUAUCUAAUUAUCUACCAAUCAAUCUAUCUAUCUAUCUAUCUAUCUAUCUAUCUAUCUAUAUAUAUAUAUAUCUAUCGAUUUAUUUUACUCUGUUAAUAUCUCUAUGUUUGUUAAUACUUUAUCUAAUUAUCUACCAAUCAAUCUAUCUAUCUAUCUAUCUAUCUAUCUAUCUAUCUAUCUAUUUAUUUUACUCUGUUAAUAUCUCUAUGUUUGUUAAUACUUCAUCUAAUUAUCUACCAAUCAAUCUAUCUAUCUAUCUAUCUAUCUAUCUAUCUAUCUAUCUAUCUAUCUAUCUAUUUUACUCUGUUAAUAUCUCUAUGUUUGUUAAUACUUUAUCUAAUUAUCUACCAAUCAAUCUAUCCAUCCAUCUAUCUAUCUAUCUAUUUCUAUUCAUAUGUAUCUAUCAAUCACUCUGUUAUCUAUCUAUCUAUCUAUUUCUAUUCAUAUGUAUCUAUCAAUCACUCUGUUAUCUAUCUAUCUAUCUAUCUAUCUAUUUAUCUAUCUAUCUAUCUAUCUAG